UUAUCGUUAAAUUGUGAAUGCCGCGCUCAAGUCAAUCGUAUAUGAUGCAAAUUGAUUACCAACAUUGUCAGUGUAUACGCUUCAGCUGUGGACAACAGAUGUGUUGAUACUUCGAAUUGAAACUCAUUUUCUUCGCAAAUAGAUCGUUUUUACGUUUACACCCGCAAUUUUAGAUCGUUCUCGCAUUUAUGAAUUAACGCCUAAUUACAAGAAGUUUGAAGAGUAAUUUUUUUUUUAAAUAUCAAGUGCCGUGAGUAAAUUAUUCUUCGGUCUGUUUGCAACAAUGACAUUUGAAACGGGUUUGAAACAACCACAAGAUGACAUAUAUCGAACGAGACGCAUUCUCGCACAGAUUCUCGCGACAACGGUGAAAGUGAUGCUUGUUUUUGAAUUUGGUUGUUGCUUUUCAUUCUCUACUAUACUCUUACCGGCAUUGCGACAUGAAUCUAAAGAGCACAAUGCAAACGAAACACUUUCAAUUACGGACACACAAGCAUCAUAUUUGGGUGGGGUUGUUUUCAUUUUCGAACCGAUUGGAUCAAUUUUAUCAGCAUUUAUAACUGAUUCACUAGGGCGUAAGCGAGCAAUGAUGAUCGUUACAAUUCCGUAUGCAAUUGCAUGGUUCAUGAUGUACAACGCAGGAAGUGUGGCAGAGAUUUUUGUGGCCAAUUCGUUGCUGGGAUUCGGCAUUGGGCUUAUGGAAGCACCGAUUAUGACAUACGUGGGUGAAAUUUGGUGAGUAUUUAGUUUUUAUCACACUUUUGUGAUGUGUAUUUUCGCUUUUGGCGCUAUCAAAUUUGAGCAUGUGAAUUAAAAAUCCACACGAUUCUUUAUCGGGUCAUAAAAAUUUAGUCAGUUACCUAUUGGACUAAACACAACAAAAGAUUCUCAUGAACUUCAAAAAGACACAAAUUAAGUUCAAGUUUCGCUUAUUUCUUCAUUCAUUUUCUUAU